UAUGCAGGUUCUGCGUUCCAAUGCUGGAUUGAAGUAACAUGCUUUAGCCAGCAGCACCGUGGACAAGGUCACCCAAGGGAAAGUGCACAUUAAUCAAGGGGUGACCGGGGACCCUCUAAAAUCAGGCAAUAACCAUCAUAUUUAAAAGGUCUCUUCCAUUCCUCAUAAAAUGUCCUCACUUAGUGGGGCACGGUUGGGGCUUUGUGUGCUGCGUUCUGGACCACAGGCUGGAGCAUCCUUAUUCUGCUGUUACAGACAAUGUUCAAAGAUGAAAAGACUAGCACUAAUUCCUAAAUGCAUUGUGCAUAAUCUUUGUUCCCGUGGGAUGUCCGCCAUUGCUGGUCAAAAGCAGAGGGAUUCAUGGGAAAUUGAUCUUAUGGAUCUCAGUAAUGAAUUGAAGCUUGCCAAUUCCAGCAGACAGUUCAGAAGGUUCAUUACAGACCCUGGACUAGCAAAGACUGUUUUAAAAUGCCUUCAGCCAUGGGAAUCUGGAGCAAAAGAGCCUCUUGUUAUGGAGUUCAACCCAGGUCCUGGAGUCGUUACACAGACAUUGUUGGAUGCUGGUGUCAAAGUUGUUGCCCUGGAAAGUCAGACUGCCUUUCUUCCACCAUUAGAGCAAUUGCACAAUAAUACUGAUGGACAACUCAGGGUAGUUCACUGUGAUUUCUUCAAGCUAGACCCUUUGGGUGAGGGAUCUAUGCAGCCUCCCGUUAUGUACUCUGAAACCUUGUUUAAACAACUGGGGAUAUCCAAGGUUCCUUGGAGUUCAGAUGUUCCUUUAAAAGUUUUUGGGAUUUUCUUUCAAAAAAUUGAAAGUAAGUUCCUUUGGAAACACAUCUACUCCAUUUAUGAAAAGCGUUCCAUAUAUAGAUAUGGCCGAAUAGAGCUAAAUCUGUUUAUGAGUGAAAAGCUUUAUAAGAAACUGACCUGUCCGCCUGGAGAUAUGCGUAAUUACCAGGCUCUAGGUGUGCUGUGUCAAGCAGCCUAUGACAUUCAGCUUCUGCAUAUGGAGCCUUGGUCAUCUUUUUUUACGCCAUCAAAAUUCAGAGAAACAUUCGGAGGAAAGAGUGUGACAACACCAAAUGACCAUAUGUGUUUGGUGAGACUCACUCCACGAAAGAAUUUAUUUGGAAAGCAGUUUAAAGUCCUUAACUCCACUACCUUUAUCUUAAUGGUUAGGCAGUUACUCUGCAAACGCAAAGGAAAACUUCUUGAUUGGUUAAAUUCCUGGGAUCCUGGUAAUGGCCAAGCCCUGAUGAAAGAACUGGACAUUCCUGAGAACAUAACAACGGGGAAUGUAAAUCCUGAUCAGUAUAAACGUCUGUUUGAAGCCAUGGAACAGUCAGACACAUUAGGCAAGAGUUGGAUUUUUAAUGAAGUGUUGGAAAAUACCAAUAGCUUAUGAUGCUGAAAAAACACUUUCAAUGGGCUUCUAUAAAAGAAUAUCCACUCUGAUUCCAGAUGUUACAAGCAGGAUAUUUUGCUUUUACUUCUGAUAUAUAUAGCAGGGAUGACCAAAAGGUAGAUCCCCAGAUGUUUUCAAAUGACAACUUCCAUGUUGCUUUGUCAUUCUAGAGGCAUGCAAAAUUAUGGGAGUUGUAGUUCUACAACAUCCGGGGAUCUACUUAGUAGGCAGCCCUGGUGUAGGAAGUCAACCGACUGAUAUUAAAGGAAGUCUAACAUCCAUUUUGUGUAAUUAUAUGUAAAAUAAUGUAAUUUGCAUUUUUGUACUAUUAAAUAAUUGAAUAUGCAUUUCCAUAUGCAACAAAAUGUUUGGGCGUGUUCCCACUAAAUUGCCUUUUAUCAUCCUGCUCUCCCCUAAAAGAACCAAUGCACUGAGCUGAUCGAAUGUUAUAGGGCAAAACAAAUUGCAAAUGGUGGUACAGCUUCAAUACAAAAAAGAUGUAGCCAAAGAUUAUUUCAAAUAGAAAGAAAAUGCACAGUCCUGUCACAAUUAUUUGUUCCUGUGAGGGGUUACAAGGAUUGCUUGACACAAUUCUGUGAGUAAAGUUUCAAAACAUGUG